GCACAUGGUCUUACCGUACCUAAUAUACAUAGGGACAAAGACAACUCAUCUUGCAGAUAAUCUAUAACAAGUGUUCUUAUUUUAAUCUUGUAACAUUUUUUUUCUUAAUUUUAAGUAUAAUCUUAUAACAAUACUAAUUAGGCAACAUGUCAAAGUUGAUGAUACUAAUUAACCACCCUGAAAUUUUCUAAUUACAUAUCAAAUAGCUUGAAACUAUACAGGCAGCACACAGCAAAGGCCAUGCACUACGCAUACAUACCAUCAACGACACAAUUAUGAGUGGUUGCGUUUUGAAUGAAAGAAGAAGAUUGUGUGUUGUGUAAUAUUCGGCUGUAAUCCACUAUUUGCCAAAAGGAAAGACAACGUUUAAACCAAAAGAAAAAAGGGAUUCUCUAAACAAUCAUGGUUGCUUCGUUGCUUUCUUGUCUUUUUAGGUGUGACACUAUGUCCUACACACGUGCUACGUUCUUCUACUUCCAUAUACCAAAUAUUCGCUUUCUUUCAUUACCACAAACUUCAUUAACCAACCACGCUACACAUGUACACUAUAUAUCAUGGUCAUAUAUAUACCAAAUUCAUAGUUCAUGUAAAGUUAUGUUUUGGGCGACAGGUUUUGCGGCCGAACCAUUGAGAUGCUCAGCAAUGAAAGUUAGGCUCGACGUGAAGAGAUCAAAAUAUAAUAAAGCGGUGAAGGUCGUAAUUUGUUUGGACUUUUGGUAUGAGAACUAAAAAAUAGACGAUUCCAAACCGUCCAGUCCAUAGAUGAGAAGACACAUGGCAUAACCUUACGUAUACAAAACCGACCAAGCACUUGUCACCUUCAUUCCAAUAUUAAUCAUUUUCUCUAUACACAUUUUUAACUAAUUUUCUUCUGGAUACAAUUAUUGCAUGCCCACCCCCCAUUAUUCCCGUUGCGUUACUGUCCCCACCACCUCCACGGCUCCACCUCUCUUGGAUUGUUUGAUUUUUUAGCAAAGCUUUGUUUGUUUUUUUUCCACAAAAUAUUUAUAAUCAACACAAUUUCCACACACCCAAUACAAAAUUCGAAGUAUAAACACCCACGAAAACAUCAAAAAGCAUAAACUUAGGUAUAACUCAUUUUGAGGUUUUGUCUCCAAUUUUAUUUGAUACUCAUCAAUGACUACUUACGUUUUCUUCUCAUUCUGAGUUGUUUUGUUACUAAAUUAAUAUCUUCUCUCUUUAUAUAUCAGUGAAUCGAAUUAUUUAUCGUCAUGUAGUAUCAGAAUGUGUGAGUGUGUGAAACUGAGUUCCUAAAAUUCAAAUUCAUUUACCAAAAAUCGGGUCUUCAGAAGUUUGGGUCAAACUUAAAUUGGUUUCUCAACUUGACACAGGUCCAUAUUUUCUUUUGUUUUAGAUGGGCCUUCUUCUUUUUCAGAGCCCAUCUCAACCUUUUGUUUAAAACCUCACCCUUUGAGUCUUGGCUUCUACGGUUCUACUUCUACCCUAGCUUCCCUUUUCCUUUGGUUUUCCCCUUUCCACAGUCAAAAAAGUAUGGAGAAAUCACGGCGGCGCAAGGAUCGUAAAACUACCAGCCUCGACACUGGCCAACACUCCUCAUUGCCGCCUCUACUCCCAAUGGAACUCAUGAUGGACAUCUUCUCUAGGUUAUCCCUCAAGUCCAUUGCCAUCUGUCGCUGCGUGUCGAAGCAGUGGGGCUACGUACUCGGCCAUCCUGACUUCAGGGACCUCCGCUUGGCAAGGUCUCAGGCUCGUCCUUGUCUAUUGUUCGCCUGCUUCAGAGGUAAUAAGCUAUUCUUCCUCUCCUCACCUCAACCUCAGUCUCAGUCUCCUGAUGAUGAGAUGUUUGCCGCCGAUCAUCACAUGAGUUUCUCCUUUACCCGUCCUGUCAAAGAUAUAUCUACAAGUGUCAGUGGCUUCGUAUGUGUCUCUUUCCGCGGUUAUCAGUCCGGAAGGCAAUUCAUGGCGGACGAGUCGGUGGUAUGUAACCCUAGCACUGGACAAUCAUUUACUAUACCCAGAAUGAAGACAAUGAAGAGGACUGGGGGGAUACGGUUUUUCGGGUAUGAUCUUGUCGAGAAACAUCACAAGGUAUUGGCAAUGAUUCGUCCUCCUGGCCACGGCGGCAGAACUGUGGACCAUCAAGUGCUAACAUUAUUAGGAGGAAGAACUGAGAAAGCGACCUGGAGAAUGGCUGAAUGUGGCAUACCAUGUGCCUCUUCUAGGGAUAUACAGAGUUUAUGCAUUAACGGUGUUUUCUAUUACAUCGAGUUGGUUAGCGAUUGGGGUCUUGAUAGUAUGAUAAUUUGCUUUGAUGUUACAUCUGAGAAGUUCAGCUCUGUUAAGUUUGCUAGGGAUUUAUAUCCGGUGCGGCGAAACUAUCCGGGGCGGCUGCUAGAUUUCAACGGUAAAUUGGCUUUAGUACCAAGUGACAGUCUUCGUGUCACAAGUAAAUGUAUUGUGACGUGGGUUCUACAAGACUCUGAAUGGUCCAAACUUGUUUACAUAUUGCCCCCUAUGUGGAAAGUUGUAGUUGGUCCAAAGGAGUGCUUAGAGAUUGUUGGAGUGACUGGUCCGAAUGAGUUUGUUAUGUCUCCCAUAUAUUCAUCUGACCCUUUCCAUGUCUACUACUGCAAUUUCGAGAAGAAAACUGUGAAAAGAGUUGUGAUCCAAGGAAUGGGGGCGUUUGGGAGUGGGAGGAGGUAUUAUGUUCGCACAUGUCUGAACCAUGUGGAGGAUUUGAAGCAUAUGGAAUUAUAAAGGAUUCUGGAUGAUCAUGGGAUCUCGAUAGAGAGCUUUUGUGACCUAUUCUGACUAGUAUGAUCUGUGUUAUCUGAUUUUUUUUACUUACAUUUUUCAUCCUCAUGAAAUUAUUGACGGUUAUGUAUAUAAUCAUGAUGUGUGAGCGUCAGGGAUUGAGUUCCUAAACUUUGAAUUCAAAUUCAUUUACCAAAGUUAGUGAAAACCGAAAUUCUUAGAAAUAAAUAUGUACGCGCAUGAGUUUUUAUACUAAUGUUUUUUUAUUAAAUUGUUUUAAUUUGCAACACUAUCAUCUUUAUUGAUUAUAAAAUGACGAAUACAAAUAUUUGUCUCUUAAAUGUACCAUCGUUGUUGAGAGUUAACAUAUUACAAUUCAUUUUAAUUAUUUUUAAAACUUCAUAUGCACAAAGAAAAAUUAAGUUUUGAGUCUGACACAAAUCAUCAAAAACAUAUAGUCAGCAUCAGUUAUAAACUGCCAAAAAGAGAUUAGGUUCUUUGCUCUAGAGUCUUUUUACUAUUGACUCCAUAAGUUAUCAUCUAAUAUUAAGAUCUCAAUAAUUUUUCAAUGCAAAU